CAGUCUAUUAGAACAGUAGGCAUACACUCGAAAUUAAUACACUUCUAAAAACAAAAGUGAAAAAAAAUUAAUUUUAUAUAAGGAUAUAGUAUGUCCCGUCGCUCGACUUCCGUUUCGUAUGGCAGGGAGUCCACCAGACUCCGGGAUGAGAAGGAGGAGAAGCAGCGCAUAGCCCACCUGGAGGGGAUCAUCAACCAGCUGAAGAGCUUGGCUUUGAGUGGUCGCCGGGUGGGGAGCCUCUCGGAGGCCACCCUCAUCUUCAUAUGCAGUUCGGCGAGAGCUCUUUUUCUGGCGCAGCCGAUGCUGUUAGAGCUGCGGGCGCCGGUUAAGAUAUGUGGCGACCUGCACGGCCAGUUCCGGGACCUGUUGAGGAUCUUCCAGCAGUGCGGCUUUCCGCCCACGGCCAACUACCUGUUCCUGGGUGACUAUGUGGACCGGGGCGAGAAUUCGAUAGAGACCCUGACUCUGUUGCUGGCUUACAAGCUGCGCUACCCAGAGACCUUCUUCCUGCUGCGCGGCAACCACGAGUCCGCGGACGUCAACCGGGUCUACGGGUUCUUCGAUGAGUGCAAGCGCCGCUACACCGUCAGGCUGUGGAGGGCCUUUGUCGACUGUUACGACUGCAUGCCGGUGGCGGCCAUCGUGGCGGAUCGCAUCUUCUGCGUGCAUGGCGGUCUGAGUCCGGACCUGAAGAACCUGGACGACAUCAGGGGCAUCCAGCGACCUACCGAUGUGCCCAGCGACGGCCUGCUCUGCGACCUGCUCUGGUCGGAUCCGGACGAGAACGUCGGGGCUUGGGCGGCGAAUGAUCGGGGCGUCAGCUUCACCUUCGGACCCAUGAUCGUGGAGGGCUUCCUGUUGCAGUACAACUUCAACCUGAUCGUCCGCGCCCACCAGGUGGUGGAGGAUGGCUACGAGUUCUUCGCGGACCGCCAGCUGGUGACCAUUUUCUCGGCGCCCAACUACUGCAACAUUUUUGACAAUAGCGCGGCGGUCCUGGUGGUGGAUCCGAACCUGGUCUGCCACUUUGUCAUCAUCCGGCCGCGUCCCGCGGUGCGCGGUGUCGCCUAUGAGACGGACAGCGGUGCUGGGGCCACACCGCCGCCCACAUCGUCCACGCCGCCCCCCACGGCCCGGGAGCGGAAGGUGUUCUGAGAGGAAGUGUGUUGUCCUUGAUGUCUUGUGCGAGUGUGAAGUAUAGAAUGUAUUUGAAUAAAGCUGAUAAUCUCCUUAGAGACAAGCAGUGCUGUGAUCAUUGCCUUCAAUUGUGGCCUAAUCGAAGGACAAUUGAAGGUCGCAGGAGUCAAGCAGCCCCUGGGGGAGGAGCUGGGGCUAAAAUGUGUAAUAAAUCUUCAUUUAAAUUUAA